ACCCUAAAUUCCAAGUUUUUGCUUGGACAUCUCGAAGCUUCUGUUACGCCCAAUAAGUACAAAGAUCCGUGGAACCAAUCAUCAAAACCUGAAUGCAGAUCCCAACCCACGCGCCUCUUGCAAUCACAGCACCACGGUCAGACUGAAACCCUCCACCACAUAUUUCUACUCCAUGAUGAUGGGUCCGUUACUUCCACUCGCUAAACUCGACAACACCAAAAUUCCGCCCAAACAUUUUUUGAAACGGCCUCAACUUUUUUUUUUUCCUUAAAAUAAAACUCAAUCAAAAAGAAAACUAAAUUUGUUAACAGGAGUGAGUGAUCGAAAGCAUUGGGGUCUUCACCACCGCUUCCUUUCUUUAUUUUCCUUUCUCUCCAGAAAACUAAAAAUAAAAGUUUGGGAAUCAAGGGUUAAGAAUAAUAAUAGAAUGAUGGAGUCUUCAGUGGGUUCGAACUCGCAUGGGAACCUGGACGAACAGAUUUCUCAGCUGAUGCAGUGCAAGCCCUUAUCGGAGCAAGAGGUCAGGGUGUUAUGUGACAAGGCUAAGGAGAUACUGAUGGAGGAAAGCAAUGUUCAGCCUGUCAAGAGCCCUGUUACAAUAUGCGGUGAUAUUCAUGGACAAUUUCAUGAUCUUGCAGAACUUUUUCGAAUUGGAGGGAAGUGUCCAGAUACAAAUUACUUGUUCAUGGGAGAUUAUGUUGAUCGUGGUUACUAUUCAGUUGAAACUGUAACACUUUUGGUAGCCCUGAAAGUGCGUUACCCCCAACGGAUAACAAUUCUGAGGGGAAAUCAUGAGAGUCGUCAGAUUACUCAAGUGUAUGGCUUUUAUGAUGAAUGCUUAAGGAAGUAUGGCAAUGCCAACGUUUGGAAGAUCUUUACUGAUCUGUUUGACUAUUUUCCACUAACAGCAUUGGUUGAAUCUGAAAUUUUCUGUCUCCAUGGUGGGUUGUCUCCAUCCAUUGAAACGCUGGAUAAUAUACGCAAUUUUGACCGUGUUCAAGAAGUCCCUCAUGAGGGUCCCAUGUGUGAUCUAUUGUGGUCUGAUCCAGAUGAUCGUUGCGGUUGGGGUAUUUCUCCAAGGGGUGCUGGAUAUACCUUUGGCCAAGACAUAUCUGAGCAAUUUAACCAUAUGAACAAUUUGAAGCUGAUUGCUAGGGCUCAUCAGCUGGUCAUGGAAGGGUACAAUUGGGGUCAUGAACAAAAGGUUGUUACUAUAUUUAGUGCACCUAAUUAUUGCUAUCGAUGUGGGAACAUGGCUUCCAUCCUGGAAGUUGAUGACUGCAAGGGUCAUACAUUCAUUCAGGUGAGCUGUUCUCUCUCACACACGCACCCGCUCUGCUUGCUUAAUAUUUUCAUUGUAAAUGAUGGUAUAUUUCCUUGCACGUCCAUAUAUAAACAUUUAAGAACUAUUCUGUUCUUGCAGUUUGAGCCUGCUCCCAGGAGAGGAGAGCCGGAUGUAACCCGGAGGACACCUGAUUACUUUCUAUAAAGCAAACUGGCAUUGAGUUGAUGAGUCUCUGGUGGCCAGUGCCCGUCAAUGGGUUUGAGCCGAGGGCUUUCGUCAAAUUUAAGAUAAGAUUUGUAAUUCGCAGUGGUGGUGGUUGGGUGGCAGCAAGCAUUUAUAUGGCUUAUGAGGCAUCCUUGGUCAGGGUUGUUUCCUUGAAUUACGCAUGAGUUUCCACAAAGAGGAGGCAGAAGAUCUGGCAACAUUGUAGGGGCAUAUGUACCAUUUCCAGCAGACAGUGUGACACUUAUUUAUUUCCCUUGAUUUUAAUUUUUGUUUCCUUUUAUCCGUAGAAUAAUGGCUGUUUGAGGGUUAGGGAUCUGUAGAGGGAUGCUGAGCACAAAUUUCUUAUAAUGGGUGCUUUUGUUUUUUCUUUAAUUUUUUUUUCCUCAGUCCCAAUCAAAUAGGUGCCUUUGUUUGUCGAUCGAACGGUAUCAUGAUUCUUUUUCCUGUCGAAUGGAAGUUUAUAGGGCUUAGUUUUUGGUCAAGUCUUAAAGCUUGAGAAACUUGAAUGACUAUGAUAAAAUUAACAAUUAUAUAAAAAGUACAAAAAAUAGUUCCAUUAUCUUUAAAUUUUAAGUCAAAUAUUAUUCUGAUCUUUAUACUAUCAGAAAUUCAUUUGUUGGUAUCGUUUUUAUGAAGUCACGACAUUUUGG